AUGCCUCUACCUCGUCUCAACUCUUUCCUCUCUGGUGCCGAAUGGGCUGCGAAGGGACCACAAACCCCAGCCCAGCGAUUCUACGGAGCAUACGCGACCGCUAUCAAAGAAUCUGACCUCACAAACCAUGAAAAACACCAAUUCUAUGCCAAAGAUGCGCCAUGGAUCAUCAAAUUAUUUGGCCAGUUCGCCCGUCUGGAACACGACUUUAUUGCAAUCUGGGAACUCGAAAAUGAUGACGGCACUGUCCAUCUCAUUGCCCAGGUCACUCGACACAUUUGGGCUCCCGGUAGCGAUAUCAAUGCCUCGCCAACUGUUAGCAUUCCCUUGUCAAUGGUCUGCGAGAUAGGUUCCAGCACUGCCCACGGAGAGACUCCCGAAGGUCUACAAUUCUACCAUGUUUGGCUGUAUUGGGAUACCUACCUACUUCAGCCUUAUUUUCCCAAGGAUUCCAUUGUCUUCAGUUCAGUCAAUGUUCAGAAAGAAUGA